AUGUUGACAUUUUUCAUAUUUUCCUCUCUUUUUCUAAUACUUCAAAUCUCCUCACACGAAGUUUGCCUAACUCCAGAAUGUGUUCGAUUAGCUGCCAGAUAUCUGAACAACAUGAAUCCGAAUGUUUCGCCUUGUGAUGAUUUCUAUGAGUAUUCUUGUGGUAGAUAUGAUUCGUUGAAUCCGCUUCGGGAAAAUGAGAAAUUGUUUAUGGCGUUUAGUGAGAUCAGCAGGGAUUUGAAUGAGAAUUUGAAAGGUGAGCGAGGGUUUUUGGAGUUAGGGUAAGUUUGGAGUUAAAAAUAUGUGUCUAGAUUUUGAAAAAUCCAUAAAUAACAUUUUUGAAACUUCUUCUUCAAGCUUGCAGCAAUUCAACAGUUUCUAAUAAUUUUAUACAUAAUUUUUGAAACAGUAAAUUUUCUGGAAAAUUAUUUUAUUCGAAGUUGGGAUGAGAAAAAAUGUUUCGAUAAUCCAAUUUCAAAUUUAUAAGAAACAAUUUGAUAAAAUUUUGAAACGUAUAUUUUUUUUGAAACAGUGAAUUUUUAUGGACAAAAUUAUUACGAAUUUAGUUUCAAAAAUCGAGAAAUCUUUUAUUUUGUUCACAUUAGUUUCAGCUCAAUCGAUUUUCCUGGAAAUGUUUAGAGAAAACUUUGAAACAGUGGAUUUUUCAGGCCUCUUCGACACUGCUUCCCGUCAAAAUUCCACGCCAACAAUGUCCCUCGCUCUAACAUAUUUCGAUUCCUGCAUGGAUCAAAAAUCCAUCGAUGCCCGCGGUGUUCAACCCCUCCAAAACCUGAUUCAAACCCUCGGAGGUUGGACAAACGAAAGUGUUGCCUGGGAAAUUCUCGCCGGAAAUCUAUCUCGACAUGGAAUCGAUUCGAUAUUCAGUGCAAUUCCAGAUUUAAAUCCUAAAAAUUCUUCAGAAAAUCUAUUGCUCUUUAGUAUUCCAGUCUUAUUCACUGAUCAACCAUCCUUCUAUCAACAAAACAUUUCGAAUAACUCCAAAUUAGAAUCCUAUCGAAAAUACAUCGUGAAUUCUCUCGAAGCUAUAAAUGCUGAUAUCAGCGAGACUCUGGUCGACGAAAUCAUCGAUUUCGAGAUAAAAUUAUUCUCGAUUAGCCCAAAAAUGAAUCACGAUGAUCAUUCGAAACAUACAAAUCUCAUGACUUACACCGAAUUCAAAUCCAAAUACGAGUUCAUUGAUUUCGAUCUAUAUUUCGGAGAUUAUAAGUUUAAGGAAGAUCAAAAAGUGAAUUGUCAUCAUUUGAAAUUUUUUGAGGACUUGGGAAAACUUCUCAAUGAAACAUCGAUUUUGACAAUUAACACAUAUUUAAUGUGGACCUUAAUUCGAAGUUAUAUCGAUCAACUUCCGGUGAAAAUCCAAGAGCCAGCAAUAGCUCUGGAGAAAUUGAUAAAUCCUGCAGCAAACCCGAAAACCUAUGAUUGGAAGACUUGUCUCUCCGAAGUUAAACAGAAGUUAGCUCUACCUUUGGCCACUGAAUUUAUCCAUAAAUUCAUCAAGACAGAGGAUAAGAAGGUUGCGGAAGAAUUGGUUGAAGAUUUGAGAAAAGCAAUGAGGGAAGAGUUAUUGAAAGUUAGUUGGUUGGAUGAGGAAACAAGGAAAAAAGCGAUGGAGAAAUUAGGGAAAAUGAAGAAUUGGAUGGGGUAUCCGGAAUUUUUGAAUAAUCAGAGUGCAAUUCUAAAACCCUUUGAGAAAAUUCAACUGAAACCUGAUAGAUAUUUCAAUAACGCGGUUGCUCUGCGGAAAACGAUGCGGAAAGAACAGUUCAAGAUAUUAAAGGCGCAUGAAGCGGUGAUUGAGUGGGCUACGAUUAUUCUACAAAUCAAUGCGUAUAAUUGGAUCACUUCGAAUCAGAUCAUUUUCCCGGCGGGCAUUUUGCAAUUUCCGAUUUUUGUACCGGGCGCUCCGAGUUUUGCGAAUUAUGCGGCGAUUGGAAUGAUUAUUGGUAGGUAGUGGGAUUUUUUGGGAAAAAAAAACUAUUUUUUCACUGUUUCAAAAAUUGUUCUGGGGAUUUUGAAGCUUUGUUGAAACUGUUUUUUUUUAAUUUUAAAUGAAACACUGUGCCAGAUUUGCAAAAGUCAAUUUGUUCUCUGAAAAUCUUGUGAGAAAUUCUCAGAAUUUUUCACUGUUUCAAACAAUUUUGAUAAUUUUUGGGGAUUCUGAGUUUUUGGUUGAACUUUUGUAAUUGGUAAAUUGUUUUCAGAGAAGUUACAUUUAGGCUCCGCCCAUUUUUUUCUCGAAAAAAACUGUGCCAGGCUUGCAAAAAAUAGAACCCGCCCAUUUUUCGACAUUAAAUAAUUUCACCAAAAAUUUUACUGUUUCAAAAAAUUUUGAUAAUUUUUAGGGAUUUUUUAUUUUUAUUUUCUAUGAUUUUCGUGAAAUAUCAGAUUUAAUUUAAGAGGAACAAAGAGACAAAUACGAAAAAUGCUAGUUAAAAAAAAGAGCGCGUAUGAGGAUUCGAACCCACUGCCUUACACUUGGGAAACCCACGUUUUACCGACUGCGCCAUACUAGAUCAAAAUUUCGCGCUGAAUCCGAUGAUGCUAAUUUCAGGCCAUGAAAUCUCGCACGGCUAUGAUAACGUAGGCUCGCAAUACGACAAAAACGGCGAUUUGAAUCCCUGGUGGGACAAUCAAACUCUCUCCAAAUUCAAAGAAAAAUCGCAAUGCUUCAUCGAUCAAUACAGUAAUCUAACCGAACCGUUAUCGCAAACAAAAAUGAAUGGAAAAUUGGGAAUCGGUGAAAAUAUUGGGGAUAACGGAGGACUUCGAAUUGCCUAUGAAGCUUAUCAAAAAAAUCUGAAGAGAUAUCAGAAUUCCACUCAGGUUUUGCCUGGAUUAUCGAAUUUUGACGAGCAACAAAUGUUCUUCCUAGCCUAUGCUAAUGUAAGUUUCUAGAAUUUCUAGCUGGAAAUUUAUAGUGAAUUUCAGACCUGGUGUAGCACAGUUAAACCGGAAUUUUUGAAAAAUAUUCUGGAGACUGAUCCGCAUAGCCCGCCAUAUUUCCGGGUCAAUGUUCCACUUCAGAAUUUCCCAGAAUUCUCCGAGAACUUCAAAUGUCCCGUUGGAUCGAAAAUGAAUCCAGCUAAUAAAUGUCGGGUUUGGUAG